AUGGAAGCUAAGGACGAAAAUCUCUUAGGCGAAUCGUCUUAUAGUUUGGAGAAGGAGUUACCGUACUCCCAUUUCCUCGAUCAAACAUCAGAACAAGAAAAGAGCGCUCAUUAUAAAAAGGGAGGUUAUCACCCCGUCAAAAUUGGAGAUGAAUAUUGUGAAAGGUACUAUGUGAUAAGAAAAUUAGGCUUUGGUACUUAUUCUACUGUUUGGCUUUGUUGGGAUAAGAAAGACGAACAUUUUGUGGCCCUAAAAAUUCAGGAAUCAAGUUCAACUUAUUCUGGCAUUGCUUUUCGAGAAAUCAAAUUUCUCAGAAUCGUGGAUGAAGCUGAUGCUCAAGACCCGAGACGAAAUAGAUUAGUUCGCCUUUUAAAUGAUUUCCAAAUUAGUGGUGUUAAUGGACAACAUAUUUGCCUGGUAUUCGAAAUCACUGGCUAUACCUUGUACACACUAUUAUUACAAUACAAUGGCAAAGGCAUCCCAUUAGCCAAUGUCCGUACAAUAAUGAAGCAUGUUUUAGAAGGUCUCGAAUAUCUCCACUGCAAAUGCAAACUCAUCCAUGGGGAUGUGAAACCCGAAAAUAUUCUCAUGUGUGUUAGAGAAGAUUACAAUUUAAAACUUGCAUGUGAAGUAGCUGAAAUGUACCGGUCCAAAAUUAAAUUACCCGCUUCCGUUAUUGCCAACGCGCCACUAGGCUCAAUGAGAACAUUCAAGCAAAUUAAAGCAGAUCGAAGGCGAACAUCAUCUUUCAGAAGGCAAGUUAAAAUUAUUAUGGACACCAUCGAAGAGAAAAAGAAAAUCGCUGAAUCUGAAUCGAUUGGGAAUACUUCUUACUCUCCUUCCCCAUCCUCGAGCAGUGAUAGAAAGUUGAAAUUCAAUCCAGUCUUUGAAGAAAGUGAAUUUGAACUUAAAAUUGCUGACCUUGGACUAGCUUCCAGGAUUGGAGGACGGCUUCAUACAAUCAUCCAAUCAAGACCAUAUAGAUCUUUAGAGGUUCUAAUUGGCGCCAAGUAUAAUGCUGCAGCAGAUAUUUGGAGCACCGCCUGCAUGGCGUUUGAACUAGCCACAGGAUGCUACCUAUUUAAACUAGAUUCUAAAAUUACUCACCCGGACGUAAACCAUUUAGUCAAAAUUAUAGAUUUAUUAGGAAGCAUUCCAAAAGAAAUUGUUCAAAGUGGCUGGAAGUACCAAUUUUUAUUAAGCAAGCAAUACAAUCUUCCUCAUAUCCAUGAAUUACAACCGUCAGGUCUGGAAGACAUAUUGCAGAAAAAAUAUGAUUGGUCUCUAGGAGAUGCCCAAGAAUUUGCUGCUUUCCUUUUACCAAUGUUGCAGUAUGAUGUGGACAAAAGAGCUACCGCAUCAGAAUGUUUGAAGCACCCAUGGUUGAGCCUCAAUAAGCCCCUGUAG